CUAACAAGCUACAGGACUACAACUGAGUGACUCCGUCCGCUUUAACAAGAACGUGCCUUCUUACCUGAUGCCGCAUCUUGCCAGCUGGUUGGUUGGACAUGUCGGGGAGCAGUAAUCGCGCCUGCAGUACCUAUGUGCCUGCAAGUUUGUGAGUUGAGAUGGCACCAGUGGGGCGAGAGAUGUUGACAUCAUCGGAGGUCUGUAAGCUUGUCUCCAAUGUGGCCUAUCAGAACCAACACGACUUGAAUUUGAGGUGGGGGUGAAGACAUUGCUCAGUGCAUGAGAACUAUAGUACCCCGUCAAGCCGUUGAUCACAGUCGUCUCGACUACAUGCAAUUUUCCGUUAUGGAAACACCCGCACUUCCCGAGACAAUGUCAGGCGUCAUUCUCACCGGUCACGGCGGACCCGAGAAACUCUCAUACAGGACUGACCUCUCUCUCCCUGUGUUGAGCGACACCGAGGUCCUGAUUAAAGUCGCGGCAGCGGGGCUCAACAACACCGAUGUCAACACAAGAAUCGGGUGGUACAGCAAAGGCGUAAAGAAGGGCACGAGUUCUGAAUCGACCGUGGCUAGUGGAAACCGGACAGACGAUGACGCCUCGUGGUCUGGAAAACCACUGAAGUUCCCGCGCAUCCAGGGCGCGGACUGCUGCGGGUACAUCGUUGCCGUCGGCUCCUCUGUACCCUCCUCGCGCAUCGGGGAGCGUGUGCUCGUGCGUAGUAUGCUUACGCACUACUCUUCUACUGCAUCGUUUGAGUGCUGGACCUUCGGCUCGGAAUGCGAUGGUGCGUUUGCGCAGUACGCCAAAGCACCGUCUGCGGACGUAUACAUUGUGAACGCACCGUCGUGGACAGAUGUCGAAUUGGGCAGCGUACCGUGUGCGUUCUCCACCGCCGAGAACAUGCUACAUCGUAGCCAAGUCAGGUGUGAUGAGACAGUGCUGGUCACAGGUGCAGGCGGUGGCGUGGGCGCGGCGGCAGUGCAGUUGUGCAAGCGUCGAGGCGCGAAGGUGAUAGCAGUUGCAGGGAGAGAAAAAAGAGACCAGAUGCUGGACUUGGGUGCUGACAAGGUCUUGGUGCGGGGUGAGGGUAUAGUAGAUGCGCUGGGGAGGUCAAGCGUUGAUAUCGUCUUGGACGUUGUGGGUGGCGCCUCAUUUCCCGAGUUGCUUGAUGCUCUAAAGAGAGGCGGCAGGUAUGCGACGGCUGGGGCUAUUUCAGGGCCGAUAGUCGAGUUGGAUCUGCGCACAUUGUACCUGAAGGAUCUGAGUUUCUAUGGCUGUACGUUCCAGGAUGAGGUGGUCUUCGCCAAUCUUAUCUCAUACAUUGAGAAGGGCGAGAUUAAGCCUAAUGUUGGACAGGUGUUUAAGCUGAAUGACAUCGGUAAGGCGCAGGAGGUGUUCCAGUCGAAGACCAAUUCUGGGAAGUUGGUCGUGGAGAUCGAUUGAGUCUUCAACCGAUGUCCUGCUGGUCUACGUGAGCGUGCUUUUGGCAUACGUCAGUGAAGAGGAAUACGCAAGAAUGGUAUUCGCCUC